UUAAUGUUUACUGCAACUGAUUAAUUAUAGUUGUUAUCUUCAUUAUUUUAUUGUUCAAAAUUUCUGUUGAUUAAUUGAGGCUUUAGUCAUAGUGGGUAUGAUCUGUUUUGAAUUCUAACAUAUACCUUGAAACUAAAAUAUAUAGAGAACCAUAGACAUAAGGCCAUUAGAACUUCAGUUUUUCCAUUAUGGGCUUUAUUAUUUGUACAUGUUGGUAUAUGGUGCAAGUUGCUGAACUUGGUGGCUCCGUGGCUAUCAAUUUUUAGUUGUAUUGUUGGUAUGUGAAUGACACAAGUCAGAUACGAGGAAGUUGGCACAUUAGUGAUAAUGAAGUUGGGGUUCAAUGUGGAAACAGUGGAAUAUAAAAACAUCAGUUUCACUGUGUGGGAUGUUGGGGGUCAGGACAAGAUCCGUCCCUUGUGGAGGCACUACUUCCAAAACACACAGGGUCUCAUUUUUGUCGUAGACAGCAAUGACAGAGAUCGAGUUGUUGAGGCUAGGGAUGAAUUGCACAGGAUGUUGAAUGAGGAUGAGCUGCGAGAUGCAGUUUUGCUCGUAUUUGCUAACAAACAGGAUCUUCCUAAUGCAAUGAAUGCUGCUGAGAUCACGGAUAAGCUUGGUCUUCACUCCCUCCGUCAGCGUCACUGGUACAUCCAGAGCACUUGUGCAACCUCAGGGGAGGGGCUUUAUGAGGGUUUGGAUUGGCUCUCAAAUAACAUUGCUAAUAAGGCAUAAAUUCCCCUAAUGGUGGACUGGCAAUUCUGGAUGCAGGAGUGAAUGUUAUCUAGUUUUUUUUCUCUUAUUUUUAUCUUGUUUCUCUCUUUUUGAGACGGUCGGAUUUUGUUAUGUGCUUUUUUUUGGAUGAAUCUUUAUUUAGGGCCGGUUGGUUGAUAUUGUAAUAGAAGAUUGAUUGAUUGUGUUUUUGCGCCUAUAUUUGAUUUUUGAAUGUGAAGUUGUUAGCUUAAUCAACACCUUUUGGUGCGUCGAUCCUUCUUGGAUUGAUAAAUUUUCUGU